AUGCAGCCCUCACGAGCCCGCAUGGGUCCGCCCAAAUAUGCGCCGCACCCAAACCACCCCAUUCACAUCCACCCCGCCCGGCCGCUAUAUCGCUUCGUGGCAACGGGUCUCGGCGCCUCCAUGUGGUUCUUCUUGAUGUACCGCGCGAAGAAGGACGGCCCGGUUCUCCUUGGCUGGAGGCACCCAUGGGAGCAUUGA